AGCUUGGAGUAAAAACCGACGCAGAGACGGAGAACCAAUUGGUUACCAACCAAUAUAAUUUAUCGUAUACUGAACUUCGCCAAAGAGGAGUCCUUUCACAAAAAAAAAAACUUGUCAGAAUGAACAUCUCACAUUUGGUGGCAUGUGGACUUAUGAUCACCCUGCUUUCACUGAGGACAGGGGCGAAGCCUCUGACGCCAGCGCAACAGAAGUCUCUUAGAAGUUUGCUGGGGGAGGAACUGUCGGAGUUCAUGGCGUCGGGCGAGAGAGAGCAGAGGCUGGAAAAAGUGCGCUCCAGGGUACGCUUGCUGCGAGACCUGCGCAUGGACACUCGCGCCAAGGCCAUGUGGGCACGCCUGCUGAACGACCAGCCCAGCGCACGGAGACACAAAUCAAACACCAAGAAAGGGUCCGCGGCCCGGAGCGGUUGCUUCGGACACAAAAUGGACAGAAUAGGAACCAUUAGCGGCAUGGGCUGUUAGAGAAGGCACAUCAAGACUUGUUGAGCAUUCAGACGAUGGGUUUGGACAACUUGGAUUAAGUUGGUCCAUGCCUGAGGAAACAAACCUAAAAAAGUGACCGAUUUUUGGUACGAAAAGCCACCAUGACCAACAUAUUCAAGGACUGAGACAACAAUGAUAAAAGCAACCCAUAUGUAUAACAUAAAGAAAGGCCAACACACACUACAAGAUGGCGGAUCAUGGUGGAAAAACUAGAAACCGCAAAGCUGUAUAUUGUCGCUGCUGCUGUACAUUCGUGUACUUUCAUUCCGCAUAAAUGUAUUUAUGUUUUUAAAACUAUUUAUAUGUUUAUAAAAGAGAUAUUUAUAAAUAUGAGUUUUAUUUAUGCAACAUUUUAAAAUGGAUGCAAACUGCAGGUCAAUUCUGUUUGUAACCUUUUUUUGUCCUAAACAGUUGUAAAUGUUUUCAAAAUGAUUUAAAAACAUUCCAUGCACUUACGAGUCUCCUCCCAGUUUUUGUUUAUGGGGAAAACAUCUCUAGGGCUCUAUUCAAUCUGUAUCACUGAAGCGUUACAGAUUGAGCCGACAUCUGCAGCGUUGACCGUGAAUGCAAUAUCCGCUAACGCGGGAACAUUGCCUUUAAAUCACGCUGUAACGCUGAAUUCCCGCGAUACGGAUUAAAUAGAGCCCCUAGUUUGUGGUCAAAUAAAGUAUGGGAGGCUGAGGCUGAGGCUUUGUUCUGUGAUAAUGGACCACAACAAGUCUCUUCAUUGAGUGCUGUUGUAAAUUAUAACUUUUUAAGAGGGGCAAGUGAAUGGACAGAGAAAUACAAGAACACAAAUUGUUAGGCAAGACCAAAUGCAUAUAUAGAUACUGUAUACAUAACUUACUUCCUCUCAACAGUUUCAUUAUCAGAGUCAACCUUUGAGAUUUUCACGUCAGGCUGAAGUGCUUGGAUAUCAUCAUUAAUCCUCAUGAAGGUCACGUAUGGAUGCAGGGCAGCCCCUUUUACAAUGGGGGAACCACCCAUGAGGCACAAAUCAAAUGGCUGCACAAUCAUGUGAAUGUGUGUAUUUAUAGGAAGAACAACAGCUAAGGUAUCCUUAAUCACCUGGCUCCUUCCGGAUCAUUAGGGCACACGACACAAAACCUUUUGAAAUGUUUUGCAGUGUAAAAACGAAAAAUAGCAUUUCUUAUUGGAAAAGUCCAGGAAGUCCCCGCUCUGUUUCAGUCCUUUCUCUUCCACUUGGUACUUAUUAAUCACAACCCUGCAAUGCACUCUAGAUAAACAGAACCGUUUCCUUCAACAAAGGCAAGUGUUCAGCAGUGUGAUAUUUAAACACAGGACAGCAGCGGUGAGCAAAUAAAUGUGGAAUUCCCCAAAUGUACAGGUCCAUUAGCAGUACGCCAGUGAGGCAAAGCUGAGCUAAGGCAAUCAGAGACCACUGAAAAUGAUAACAACUAGCUCCCUGCAACAACUCCCUUAGCAGUGAUUGAAGUGAUUUCACGAAUAUCUGGGAGUCAGGGUAGUCUAUUGACAGAAACAUUUGUACCUAUACAUUUGAUCCAUGUCCUGUAUUUACCAUAAUGCUUGAUGUAGCCAACACCGCCAUCCAUGUCAUGGUCCAUUAUUUUAGUCAGAAACGUCAUAGGAAUCCAUGCGUUACAGAGAAGUCACUAAGAAAAGACAGGAGAAUUGAGGUUCUUUGUGAGAUUGACCCUCUCCCCGACUUCGACGGCUCACAUGCUUCAGUCGGUGAUUUUUCCUCUACACACCAGACUCACGUGGUCCCAGCUCAAUCAUCAAUCAGCAUGCCUUUCUGCCACACCUCCUAAACAAUUUGCUGCCAUGGAAAUGUACAAGUAAUAGCAAAACGGUCAUAAAUAAAAUAUUUACUGGA